UUAAAGGCGGACGAUGAGCACUACAUCCCGCGAGCUGUGCUGCUGGACCUGGAGCCUCGAGUUAUCCACUCCAUCCUGAACUCCCCUUACGCCAAUCUGUACAACCCAGAAAACAUCUACCUGUCAGAGCACGGAGGGGGAGCUGGGAACAAUUGGGCCAGUGGCUUUUCACAGGGAGAAAAAAUCCAUGAAGAUAUUUUUGAUAUAAUAGACAGAGAGGCUGAUGGGAGUGACAGUUUGGAAGGGUUUGUGCUUUGCCACUCCAUUGCCGGUGGUACGGGCUCCGGGCUGGGCUCCUACCUCCUGGAGAAACUAAAUGACAGGUAUCCCAAGAAGCUGGUGGAGACCUACUCGGUUUUCCCAAACCAGGAUGAGAUGAGUGAUGUUGUAGUCCAGCCGUACAACUCUCUGCUGACACUGAAGAGGCUGACUCAGAACGCUGACUGCGUGGUGGUUCUGGACAACACAGCCUUGAAUCGGAUCGCGACAGACCGGCUGCACAUUCAGAACCCGUCGUUCUCUCAGAUCAACCAGCUGGUCUCCACCAUCAUGUCUGCCAGCACCACCACGCUCAGGUAUCCCGGGUACAUGAACAACGACCUCAUCGGGCUGAUUGCCUCGCUGAUCCCCACCCCCCGGCUGCACUUCCUCAUGACGGGGUACACGCCGCUCACCACCGACCAGUCGGUGGCCAGCGUGAGGAAAACCACAGUCCUGGAUGUGAUGAGAAGACUGCUGCAGCCUAAAAACGUGAUGGUGUCCACAGGGCGAGACAGGCAGACCAACCACUGCUACAUCGCCAUCCUCAACAUCAUCCAGGGGGAGGUGGAUCCUACGCAGGUUCACAAGAGUCUGCAGCGGAUUCGGGAGAGGAAGCUGGCCAACUUCAUCCCCUGGGGUCCUGCCAGCAUCCAGGUGGCUUUGUCCCGCAAGUCCCCCUACCUACCAUCUGCACACCGCGUCAGCGGCCUCAUGAUGGCAAACCACACCAACAUCUCCUCGCUGUUUGAGCGGACGUGCCGGCAGUACGACAAGCUGCGCAAGCGGGAGGCCUUCCUGGAGCAGUUCCGCAAGGAGGACAUCUUCAAGGACAACUUUGACGAGCUGGACAACUCCCGGGAGAUCGUGCAGCAGCUGAUCGACGAGUACCACGCGGCCACGCGUCCCGACUACAUUUCCUGGGGCACGCAGGAGCAGUGAGUGCCCUGCCAGGGGACGGGAGGGUACCACGGCCACCUCCACG